UACAGCGUGGUCCUUACGACUUCAUCAUCUUUCUAUUCCACCAUAGUCAUGACGAACCAUCCCUUGACGCAAGACAGUGUGUGGUUGAACCAGUCCAAGUUUGAGGAUGCUGAGAGGGUGUACCAGGAGGCAUUGGCAGGGACAGGAGGAGCACAAAGGGGAGGUGGCCAUGCCAGCAAUCUUGUAAAUGAAAUUGUUCAAGCCCGCCAGAAAAUACAAAAAGCCUUGACCACACCAGGUGGUUCUGGAGGAGUCGAUGGGGCUGUCCUGGAUAGACUGUCAUUGUUAGAGAAAGAAAACAAAGAUUUGAAAAAAGUCACUCAAGACCUGAGAAAUUUGGUGCUGAAAUUGGAAGGCAGAGUUGUCUCCCUUGAGAAAGGGGCUGGUGUGGUCAGUGGCAGUACGACGACGACAACCAGCAAACCUGCAGCUGAUGAUGAUGAUGAUGAGGACGAUGAUUUUGAUCCAUUUGCUGAUGAUCCAGACAUGGAUGAGGCUGCUGAAAAAUUGAAACAAGAAAGACUGCAGGAGUACGCUGAGAAGAAGAAGAAAAAGGGUCCACUGGUUGCCAAAUCCAACCUGGUCUUGGACGUGAAACCGUGGGACGAUGAAACAGACAUGGCGGAACUGGAGAAGCAUGUACGGUCAAUCAAGAUGGACGGACUGCUAUGGGGAAAUUCCAAACUGGUGCCCGUGGGUUACGGGAUUAAGAAGUUACAGAUCACGUGUGUUAUAGAAGACGACAAAGUCAGCACGGAUGAUCUGGAAGAGCAGAUAACAGCCUUCGAUGAUGUGAUACAAAGCAUGGACAUUGCUGCCUUCAACAAGAUCUAAGACAUUUCCUCAUGACAAUGACUGUUUCACCCGCGUCCUGCUCAUCUCCCCUGUCCAAUAAACUGUUGUGGCUUAGUACAUGUAGCUGAU